UGUUUGUUUACGUUCCUCUGCGAAUUUACAAGCGUUUUGCAGUUUGUUCGGGCACCACAUUAUAAGUUGAAAAUUAUAAUCAAAAUUUACACAAAAUCGACAUUAAAAUGACUCUGGUAAAAGACAAGCCGGACAGUGAGUAUUUUGAGUGGUCACCAGAAGACGAAAUCCAACUGUUUUUCGCCAUGGAAGGCCUCCGCCCGGUCGGCAUUAACCGGCACUUUGCCAUCGCAUGCAUAACCGAACGGCUUUCCAAGGCGCUGAACCGGGACGUGACCAGCGAUACGGUUUGGGCCCAUCUGAAAACCAUGUACAAUCUGAAGGCGCUGGACGAGCAGGAUAAACUUGCGCUUCCCAACGAGGAAUCCGAUUUCAGUUUGCCGGAAACGGAAUUUUCCUCCGUUAUGAAGCGAAAGUCCAUUGAGGAGCCACCACCCGUUACUGAAGAAAGUAAGAAGACCGAAGCGAAACCGGAACUGGUUGUGAAAUCUGGUAAAGAGAAGGAAGCCCCCGAAGAAGAAAAGCCAGCGGAGAAGGAAAAGGCAACCAAAUCGAACAAAGCAGCCAAACACGAAAACACCGAGAGCACGCCCAAACGGCCACAGAAACGUACCCGAGGUUCAAUGUCGCUCGAGCCGAAUGCCGGAAGUCCCGCCAUUACACCACCGAAUGUACAGAGUAGCAAAAGGCGACGAAUUUAGGAACAGGCAGGUGAGUUUUUAGGAUUAAUGAUAAAUAGGUUUUAGUAUGUUUAAUUUUAGGAAAACAUUUCAAUAAACUUAAUGACUACGUGA